AUGCGUUUCUCAGAUCCCAGCUCGGCCAAGCUCCUCCUGGCUUUUACCCUCCUACCCUCCACCCUAGCCAUCAUCACGGGGGUAACGGCGCCCAGCACCGUCUACGCCUACAACCCGUUCAACGUCACGCUGACGACCUCCAACUACAUCCAGUCAGUCUACGACGUCGCCGUCGCCUUCGGCGUGGCCAACGCUCCGGGCUUCCCCGGGUCGCUGGGCAGCGUCGUCGCGACGGCCUAUCUGGGGCCCACCAAGUCGAACGUAUUGACGCCCAUCAGCUUCAGCGUCACGCUGCCCUCGGGGACGGGGAACGGGCCUCGCGUCCUCAGUGCAGAGGUCUUUAGUUUGUUCGGCGCGGCUUAUUCGGGGGUGGUUACGACUUUCAAUACGACGAUUAACGUGGCUGGGUUUUGA